AUGGGUAACUUCAACCCUGCAUAUCACCUCAAUGUUACUCUCCACUAUUUGCUCUUUUUCUUCUUGGCAUCUUCGUUCCUACAAACUUGUGUGAAAUCAUGCGUCGAGGAAGAGAGGCGUGCUCUUCUCACCUUUAAACAAGAUCUUACUGAUCCCUCAGGCAGGCUUUCUUCUUGGGUCGGUCAAAAUUGCUGUUGGUGGAGAGGGAUUUUAUGCGAAAAUCACACGGGUCAUGUUGCAAAGAUGGACCUUCAGAAUCCAUAUGUACCAUCCUAUGAUAAUCAAGUAUGGGACGAGGUGACUUAUCAAUGGUCUUUCUUGGGUGGUAAGAUAAAUCCAUCAUUGCUUAGCUUGAAGCAUUUACAAUACCUUGACCUAAGCAAUAAUAAUUUUCAUGAGAUUCACAUUCCAAAGUUUUUUGGGCAGCUUAAAAGUUUGCAAUAUCUCAACCUAUCUGCUUCAUCAUUUGGGGGAGAGAUUCCCCCUUUUCUUGGUAACUUGUCAAACUUGAAUUACCUUGACCUCAGUUGGAAUAACAUGUUUUCACCAGUAUCUUCGAAAAACUUGAGCUGGCUACCUCAUCUCUCUUUCCUAAAGUACCUUAAUCUUGGAGGACAUGACCUUGGCAGCCAAGGAGUAGGUUGGCUGAAUGUUGUUAACAAGCUUCCUUCCUUAGUAGAGUUGCACUUGCGUUCUGGUCCCUUUCCCCAUGAAUUAGCAAGCUUCAAAUCUCUUGAACACCUUGAUUUAUCCUACAAUAUCCUCCAUGAUCAAAUCCCUAAAUUCGUUGGAAAUUUGUGCAACCUAAAGAUCUUAAGUCUUGCCGGCAACAAAUUUGACGGGGGCAUUCGAGAUCUUUUGACAGGUUUCACAAAUUGUACCAACAACACAUUGGAGUCACUAGAUUUAUCUUCUAAUAGAUUGGAAGGAGAAUUGCCUGCAACCUUAGGGAUGCUACACAAUUUAGAGUAUCUUGGACUCCAUCAUAACUACAUGAAUGGGUCCAUUCCUGAAAGUCUGGGACAUCUCUCUAAGCUAGCUCACCUGGAUCUGUCUUGGAAUUCAUGGCAAGGCAUUUUAACAGAAUCCCAUUUCAUCAAUCUCACAAGAUUAGUAUACCUUAUAGUAAUCAUGGGCAACCUCUGUCCCUCAGUUUUAAUGUGGCUUAUGAUUGGAUUCCUCCUUUCAACGCUUGACAGAAUUUCCAUUGAGAACUGUCAAGUAGAGAAUCAUUUGAAUGGUACUAUUCCACCUUCUAUUUGCAACAUAGAAGGUCUUUCAAUCCUUUCCCUGAGGAGCAAUCAGUUGCAUGGAGAAUUCCCUCAAGCAUGGAGUUUGUGGAGCAGAAUGUAUGUUGUGGAUGUUGCCAACAACGGUCUUUCUGGUAAUAUCCCCAGUUCAAUGGGUAUCCCAAGUUCUCUUCUUAUAUUAAAGAUGAAUGACAACAAUUUUCGAGGAGAAAUUCCUUCUUCCUUGAAAAAUUCUUCUUUUGUGAUGGGCAUUGAUCUUGGAGGCAACCAACUCACUGGAAAUGUACCUUCAUGGACAGAUUCAAACAUGCCCCAGUUGUCAAUGCUACGAUUGCGAUCCAACUCUUUAAGUGGACAUAUCCCCCGUCAGUUGUGCUAUCUUCCCUCCCUUCAUAUCCUAGACCUUGGCCGCAACAACUUUUCAGGGACAAUUCCAGACUGUUUGAACAAUAUGACAUGUCUCCUCUAUGAUGAUCUCACCAAUAAUGAAAAUAUGUCAGAAAUUUAUGAAGCUCAUACGACCAUGACGUCGAAAGGCCAAGAUCUUGACUACUACAAGACUUUGGAUUUGGUAUAUAGCAUUGAUCUCUCAUCAAAUAAUUUAGAAGGACAAAUUCCCCAAAGCAUUUCAUCUCUAACCUUCUUGUCUCAUUUAAAUUUAUCUUUUAACAAUUUGAGUGGAAGAAUUCCUUCGGGCAGCCAACUCCAAGUGCUCGAGAAUAAUUCGUCCAUUUACAAAGGCAAUCCAUCAUUGUGUGGGGUUCCUCCUUCAACUAAGUGCCCGGGAGAUGACAGCAUUACUCCUAACAAGGAUCCAGAAGACAAGAAUGAAGAUGAUGAGGAUGAUAAAGGAGUGGUUUGGUUCUACGUGAGCUUGGGACUUGGCUUCAUUGUUGGCUUUUGGGGUGUUUGUGGAACAUUAGUCUUAAAGACAUCAUGGAGGUAUGCCUAUUUUCGAUUCUUUGACGGUGUAAAAGAUAAAGUGGCAUUAGCAAUUGCAUUGAAAGUGGCUCGUUUGCAAAGGAAAUCUUGA